UUGCUCCUAGAAUCCUGUUAGUUCAUUCCUGACUGCAUAGGACCAGUCACCCUAGUCUAGCCAGUUAGAGCUGGGCAGAGUGGUUGGAAGAAAUGAAGCCAGUUCCUCAGGUUGUAUCCAGAGUUUUCGCUAUGGGAAGCAGUUAAGUCUUUAUAGGAAGGCAGAGACAAGACCCAGCACAGCCUGACCUGGAGUAUACCAAAAACUGAGAUGUGGAGUGACUCCUAACCAAGUUGUCAGAAACCCAGCCCCUGUCCUUUACUCCAGAGAAAGCAGAAAGAAGGUCCUUCCUGAAAGCUGCUCUAUGGAGGACACAGACACGCUUUUUCCCUCUCCACUGGCCUCAACAGCAGCUGCCUGUGAGGACGCCACAGCCUGAGUCUUGGGAGCUGCCAGUGGUUGAUCGCCGGCAGGAUGUCCAGCCAGGACCUGAGCAUCGCUGCAAAACUCAUCAACGGAGGUGUGGCAGGACUCGUGGGGGUGACCUGUGUGUUUCCCAUUGACCUUGCCAAGACCCGACUGCAGAACCAGCAGGGGAAAGCUGUGUAUAAGGGAAUGACAGAUUGCCUGAUGAAGACGGCGCGUGCCGAGGGCUUCUUGGGCAUGUACCGAGGCGCUGCGGUAAACCUUACCCUGGUCACGCCAGAGAAGGCAAUCAAGCUGGCAGCCAAUGACUUCUUACGGCAGCUGCUCAUUCAAGAUGGGGCACAGCGGAACCUGAAGAUGGAGAUGCUGGCCGGGUGUGGGGCUGGAAUAUGCCAGGUGGUGGUUACCUGUCCCAUGGAAAUGCUCAAGAUUCAGCUGCAGGAUGCUGGCCGCUUAGCUGUCGGUCAUCAGGGCUCUGCCUCGGCUGCGCCCACCUCCCGGCCCUACAGCACCGGCUCGGCUUCCACCCGCAGGCGCCCAUCGGCCAUCCUCAUUGCCCGGGAGCUGCUCCGCACUCAGGGCCUGGCUGGUCUCUACAGGGGCCUGGGUGCUACUCUCCUCAGGGACAUUCCCUUCUCGGUCAUCUACUUCCCCUUGUUUGCGAACCUGAACCAGCUUGGGGUCUGCGAGCUCACCGGCAAGGCUCCCUUCACACACUCUUUCGUGGCGGGCUGCGCAGCAGGUUCUGUGGCCGCCGUAGCUGUCACCCCUUUGGACGUUCUGAAGACUCGAAUCCAGACCCUGAAGAAAGCCCCGGGCGAGGACAUCUACAGUGGGGUCACUGACUGUGCCAGGAAACUCUGGACACAGGAGGGAGCAGCCGCCUUCAUGAAGGGCGCGGGCUGCCGGGCCCUGGUCAUAGCUCCCCUCUUUGGGAUCGCCCAGGGCGUCUACUUCAUUGGCAUCGGAGAACGCAUCUUAAAGUGCUUUGAGUAAUCUACGGUGGCCCUCCCUUGCUGCCAUCUCUGGCCCUACACUUGAGACCAGGUGGUAGUGCCGGAAUCCCAAGAUGCCUACCCUGUUGUACAUCAUCUAACUUGUAGUGCUACCUCAGAAGAAAUGACCCAUUUCACUACUUACCAGGGGCGGUCAGAAGCCCCAACCACCUGCUUAACAAUAGACACGGCCUCGUGUAUUAUGGCAGGCGCAGGCGCAGUAAGGAUGGAAGGGCUGGUCUACACCAGCAUUUCCUCCUGUAGGCAGGUGCGGGGCAGCUGCGUCAGCGUAGGACAGUGUUAAUUCCAGCACUCACACUGUGACAUUAGAAGUAAACCUGGCCUGAACCAUGUGCCCCCGAGCAUCACUAAUGGUCAAAUGAACCCAACCGAGCAGUAUGGCCACCUCAGGGUCGCUGUCCUGCCCCAGAUGUCCACCCUGAAGUAUGGUCCCCGAUCCCUCCUAGUGGGUGCUUGUGGGACAUGACCUAGAAUAAAGCUGGCUAAAUCCUUGUCCUGUAAUCAGCACAGCAGAUGACUGACAAGGAAUGUCUCCUGAAGAACCAAGCUGUGGUUUCUGGGGCCCUGCUGCUGACUGUUGCCUAGUGGUGAAUAGCUGGGGUCAUUUUCACACUGAACCUCAGUUUGUGUGUGUGUGUGUGUGUGUGUGUGUGUGUGUGUGUGUGUGUGUGUGUGUACGUACGUACGUACCCUGGGAGCCAGAAGAGAGCGCUGGAUGCCCUGAAGCUCAGGUUACAAGCGGUUGUGAGCUGCCAGACCCGGGCAGGAACCCAGGUCCUCUGGAAGCAGCAGGACUCACAACCACCGAGCCAUCUCUCCAGCUCCUACUCUUGAGUCUUGUCUCCUACUCAUCACUUUAUAAUCAUGUUACAUUAAGAACUCCAAGUCUCAUGGGCCCCAGUUCCUUCCUCCACAGCCCGCUAUGGGGAAGUGGGAUAAUGCCACCAGAUGACAUCGGGUCCUAAGAGAACAAUCCUGGGGUUUUGGUUUUGGUAUUUCAAGAUAAGGUUUCUGUUUAAUAGCCCUGGCUGGCCUCGAACUCAUACUUCCCUCCCUCUGCCUCCCGAGUGCUGGGAUCAAAGGCCUGCGCCACCACUGCCCGGCUAACAAUCCUGUUUUAAGAACAGGAACCAGGGCUGGGACACAGCUCAGUUGGUGGAGAGCUUGCAUAGCAAGCCCCAAGUCCUGGGUUCCAUCCCCAGCACCUCCAUCCCCAGCAUGGUGGUAUGUGCCAGUCAUCUCAGCACCAAGGAGGUGGAGGCAGGAGGGUAGGAAACUGAAGGUCCUCGGCUGCCAAUAACCAAGUUCUAGGCCAGCCUAGACUGCAUAAAAUGAAACUUCCCACAAAACCAAAACACAAACUGAAAAGUUGUAAGGAAGUCACGGUUGCCUUGCCUCCCAUUAAGAGGCAGAAUCUGUACACAAUAAUUACAAGACAGAAUGAGGAGUCCGCGUCACCAGUUGUUCCGCUGUUCCUGCUGGGGGUCCAGCUCUCUGCUGGCACCACCACCACUUCCUUGUUCCCAAGGGGAACGGGGAACCUGAAUCAAGCCGCCAACCUCGAUUGUUCCCAGGGCUGCUGGCAGUCCGUCCUCCCCACCACCUUUGGGCCCACCUUUUAUUCCGGUUAUGUACUCGUCAAUACAACUCCGCCAAACCACUCCUGACAAUUGGCUAGUGGAGCAGAGACAAUUCCCAUCACAGGAAAGAAACUACAGUAGUCCCACCUAACUUAAAACCUGGUCCUGGGGGCGGGCGGAUGUGUAUGCAAAUAACCACCUGAAUGGCUUCACUCUCUGUAAGACAGUCAAAACCCCACCAGAGACAACUCUGUGCAUUCACCUAAGGACAAGGGAAAGCAUGGAUGGUGGCCAUGGAAGGAUCGUUACUAAUACAAAGCUCCUCCCUCCAAAACUCGGGCUUUUUUCACUUUGUCCAAAUAAAACUGUUCCAAACUAGA